AUGUCUGAGCAAAAGAACUUAGAAGCUGGCCAACAACUGGUUAAGAAGACGAUGGACGAGCUGAUCCAACAAAAGCAAACAUCAGAAAAAGUCACCAUACAAGCAAGACAAGAGUUUCGCGAACACUACGAAGAGAGCUACGAAGAAGAGUUCGAGGAGGAGACCUUUAUUGACCAAUUUGGAAAUGAAACUACAAAGAGAGUGGAAUCGAGCAGCGAGACCCGCCAACUGAGCCAUGUGUCAUUUCGUUGUGCAAGUGGUGGUAUCAAAGUG